AGCUGUAUUAUAUAUAGCUAGCUAGAAAUUUAAUUAGGGGGGAAAAUGCUUCUUCAUAUAAUGAAGAUCAUGUGUCUAGAGUUUACAACAAUAAUAAUAUUAUCAUUGGUAAUAAGUACUCUUGAAGCUGGUUCCAACUCAUCAUCGAGUAGUAGUAGUAGUAGUAUGAUGAGCAAUAACAUAAUAGCAAAGCCCGGAUGUCCAACCAAGUGCGGGCAAGUAACGGUUCCAUACCCUUUCGGUAUAGGCCAGGACACGGGUUGUUCCCUAGACAACGCCACAUUCUACGUUACUUGUAACACUUCCUAUAAUCCCCCCAGGUUGUUCCUCACUAAUAGCAGCAUCCAAAUAUACAACAUUUCAGAUUCAGAGUUGCGUAUAUACACUGGAGUUAGCUAUAGAUGCUACUAUCCUAAUGGAACUGAGGAUAGUUAUGAUUAUAUUUGGUCGACUAACUUAAACACAUUCACUUUCUCUGAGAAGAAUAUGUUCACGGUCAUCGGGUGUGAUGAUUAUGCGUUGAUCACAGGGGAAGAAGGUGACAACUAUUCCAGUGGUUGUAUUGGACUAUGCAGCGGACCAGUAGAUACAUUGCCGGAUGGGCGUUGCUUAGGGGAAGGCUGUUGUCAGACCUCUAUAAGAAAAGGUCUCCAAUAUUAUAAUAUUACACUCAGAUCGUUUAAGAACCACGUGGAUCUUUGGUCCAUCAAUGACUGUGGCUAUGCGUUCCUUGGUGAGGUUGGCACUUUUAAGUUUCUCGGUGCCAGUGAUCUAGCUUAUUCUUCAGGCUUAGAGAAGAGGGUCGAGGCGACUGUUCAAGUUGUAGUCGAUUGGGUUAUUGGACGUGACCAAACUUGCACCAAUGCUACAGAAUGCAAAGAGAAUAGCCAUUGUUAUGACGUAGAAGGUGGUGGGUAUCGAUGUAAAUGCGACAAAGGUUAUGAGGGUAACCCAUAUCUUGAUCAAGGCUGCCAAGACAUCGAUGAGUGCGAGCAUCUACAAAUCUACCCUUGCUAUGGUCAAUGCAUUAAUACUCCAGGGAGUUACAAUUGUACUACUUGUCCGCUAGGAUAUGUAUCAUUUGCUUGCCCAGGACAAUCAGUUAUUGUCCAUUCAAAAAAAAUCCCAAUCAUAUUCAUUUUAUUAGGAGUUGUAUUGGGCAUUUGGAUACUAGUUCUAGCAUUUUGGAUGAGCAAAGUAGUCCGAAAGAGGAAAGAUAAGAAGCGUAGAGAGAAGUUCUUUAAAAGAAACGGUGGAUUGUUGUUGCAACAACAAACGUCAAACGGUGAAGAUGCAAUUGAGAGAACUAGAAUUUUCAGAGCAAGAGAGUUAGAAAAGGCCACCGAUCAAUACAACAACAACAGAAUAGUUGGACGAGGAGGGCAAGGAACAGUAUACAAAGGCAUGUUACCAAAUGGAAAAAUAGUAGCAGUAAAGAGGUCUGUAUUGGUGGAUGAAACUCAAGUUGAGUCAUUUAUCAAUGAGGUAUUUUUACUUUCCCAAAUUAGCCACAGAAAUGUGGUAAAGCUAUUGGGAUGUUGUUUAGAAACCGAAGUCCCAGUUCUGGUCUACGAAUUUAUCCCAAAUGGUGAUCUCUUCCAGUUCAUACACGAUGAGAGUUACGAGUUUCCUACUUUGUGGAGCAUCAGGAUAACAAUUGCUACCGAGGUUGCUGGAGCUCUUGCCUAUAUGCAUUCGGCAACUUCCAUUCCUAUAUAUCAUCGAGACAUUAAAUCUUCCAACAUACUUUUGGAUGAAAAAUUUAGAGCAAAACUAUCAGAUUUUGGAAUUUCAAAGUCUGUCAUGGGUGAUCAAACUCAUUUGAGUACCUUAGUCAAAGGGACCUAUGGGUACUUAGAUCCUGAGUACUUUCAAUCAAAUCAAUUUACGGAAAAAAGUGACGUUUACAGCUUUGGGAUUGUUCUGGUUGAGCUUUUGACUGGAAAGAAGCCUAUAUAUUCGAUAGGCCCGGGGGAAUCGAGAAGCUUGGCAACAUUCAUUUUGUCAAUGGAUGAAGGGCUUAUACUGGAAAACAUUGAUCAUCGAGUGUCAGAUGGUCCAAAAGAGCACCUCAUAGCAGUUGCGAAACUUGCAAAAAGAUGCUUGAAUUUGAAUGGUAAACUACGGCCAACUAUGAAAGAAGUUGCUACAGAGUUGGAGGGAAUAAGAUCAUCGAGUCAUUAAUUAAAUCAUAUCGAAUCAGCUAUG